GUCAGCUGUUCCGUCCCACUUCGUAGUUUUCAAACGCUAACAACGAUCAAGUCAGCGGUCCAAGGCUGUCCUCGUCCUCAUCUGGAUUGCGGUCGAAUCCGUCGAUCCGACCGUCCUGAUAUGGAGGUGCUCGUCGAGAAUGUGGAAAGCGCUUUGGCCCAGUUUUACAGGAUCAACUCCACGCUCCAGGCCGAGGCUCAUCAUUGGCUCAUGAUGCUUCAGAACUCGUCUCACGCCUGGAGCCUCGUCUGGGAACUCCUCCAGCCGAAUAGGACCUGCGAGGCUCAGUUUUUCGGCUCGAACACUCUCUAUUUGAAAAUAGUCAACAACUGGGCUGAGGUUACGGAGGACGAGUACGAAACAAUGAAGGGUAAUAUUCUCCAGGCGAUAAUCGCCUACUCGUCCGGGCCGAAGAUAGUACUCAACAGGCUUUGCUCCGCCCUCGCCGUCUUCUUGCUGAAAGUGACGCCACAAUACUGGAAGAACUCAAUCGAAGAUAUCUACAACAUAUUCAGGCCAGAAAACCUGCCUAACAUCUCGCAGGAAAGAUCUGUCUGGAUAUUGCUUGAAGUCCUCUCAGUCAUUCCCAAUGAGCUGAGCUCGGUGACAUUGGUACAUUCACAGAGAAUCGCAGUGAAGGAGGCAUUAAAGCUAGCCUGGCCUCAAGUCAUGGUGACGCUUGAAAGCCUUUUGGAUUACAACAAUAGCGAGAUCAGGUCACUUGCGGCAAAGGGUGUCUACACUUGGGUCUCACUUGACAACACAGUCCUGCCCGAUUGCCUGGGCAUAGCUGCAAAACUUGUCAACGUGAUCCAGGAGGCGCAGGCCAGUGAUCCUUUCGAGGACUGCGAUCAUGAAAUCGAGGCGCUUUGCCAAAUCAUGACCAACCCUUCGACGCAUGAGUACAAACGAUCGAUACUGCCUGGCCUCGAGAUCAUACUCCGUACACUUCCUCUCUUGCAGAAAUCCAAAAACCAAGAUUUUAUUACAAAUUUAUACAAUUUGUACAUAUUGUUCGGCGAGGCUCACGGUUAUAUUUUACUGGAACACCUGGCAUCCAACGACAGCCACAGUGUAGAAAUUAUUAAAACGUGGCUGCAGUCCUUGCUCACUUGUCUUUCAACGCCUGGCUCUUUUCCAAACGAUGAGACUUACAGCCAUCUAAUGGUCUCAUUCUGGUCGACACUUCAUGACGACAGGAAUAUGCUGGAUGAGGAAUCAAAGAAAAUUGUCUCCGACAUACUUGAGCCCCUAUACAAGGAGGUUUGCCGCAUUCUACUGUACAAGUCACAGUACCCGCCGGACGGGGUCACCCUCACUGCAUCCGAAGCGGAACUUCUCAGGAUAUACAGGCAGGACAUUGCCGAUACGAUUGUAAAUUGUUAUUUAUUUAUUAGGAAAUUUUUAAUAUCUUUGCUUGAGAACACAUUGCGGAAUGCGAAGACGUGGCAGGAGGUCGAAUCAGUGUUGCACCUCGUACACUCGUUGGCCGAGACGCCAUGGAACUGCGAGGAGGAAGACUGCGACGGUAUAGAAGGCGAUGAAAACAAUGUCAUCCUGUCUGGCAUGGUAGACCAGGAGGAGCGUAAAGCUGUGAUAUCACUUCUUGUCAAUGUCCCGCCCAACUUGGUCAACGCUCAGGUCGUAAACUCACUCAACAUGGCCAUCGGCGCGUAUGCCGAAUGGUGGGAGUACCACAGCGACAUGCUCUCCUGCCUUAUAACGACCCUCGUAACGUCGCUGCAAAACCCUUCAACGUCGACUUCGGCGACCAUGGCGCUCAAAGAUGUGACAAGAGAGUGCACGACUUCAAUCAAGCCGUACGUUCCAGCGUUGCUCAAUGCUUGUCAAGAGGCUCUCGAUCACAAGAGGCUCCGUGAGGACGAGUGCAUAAGGAUCAUGUACUCGAUCGGGAAACUCCUAUCACUAAUUCCUUACGAAGAUAUGGUCUCAAAACUUGAAAUCAUCGUUAACGACUACACCACUGACAUUGCCAAUGCACUCAGCCAAGAGAAUAACGACUCAGCCAGGGAUAUUAUAGUGAUGAGGCUGAAAAUGUUGGCGAAUCUGUGUUCAUCGAUUUACCUGAAUGAAAAGGUAAAUGGCGAUUCGCCGGUCAUGAUCAUACUCAGGAGGUUACUGCCACUGCUGAGAGCGAUAACAGAACAUUGGUCGUCCAGUCCGGUCGUAACCGAGCAAGUUUGUAAGUGUAUCAAAAGUUCGAUAAUAACCCUUAUCGAUGACCGGUCAAUACCGUUGGUCGAGGAGUUCGUCCGAUUGGCCCUCUCCGGUUAUAUUGUCCAGCCUAAUACCGUCAUGCUCGAGCUCACAAAACAGUUGUAUAUAAUGUUUGGUAAAUCGCCAUCACACAACCAAUUGCUCAUGAAUUUGAUACGUUCUGUGUCGGAUACGACGAUGUCACUGGUCAUGAACAAUGAAGGUUCGAGUUCAGCAGAUGUUGUACAAGUUUAUUUCACCCUUAUAACAGCUAUAUGUAAGCGAAACAUGGCGUUUCUCGAGGCGACAAUCAACCUGAGCGGACUUUUCAGUUUUGCUACAUCUGCACUAACGAUGCCGGAGGGCCAUACGGUGAGCACCGCCGGGCAGCUCCUCUGCAUGAUAAUCUCAAACAGCCAGCACUACCAAUGGGCGGCACAGAUUGUAAACACCCACGGCGAACACCUCGUACACACCAUGCUGAUGUGCAUCGGGCAUGACACAUCGCCACGCAGCGUACUGAACGUUUUUGCCGAUAUUUUCAUCGCUCUGAACAAGAUGACGCCGAACUUGGCGCAUUGGCUCGACUUAAACCUGAGCAGGCAGAACUUCCCGACUGAGAAGGCGGACAAUGCUUCAAAAAAAAAUUUUAUCUUACUCUUGCUCAAGGAACGAACCUCGUCGAAACUUCUUGAACAUAUAAAGGCGUUUAUGUUCAUCUGCCGUGGUGUAGUGCAAUACCAGGCCAGCACACCGUCCUCAAACGACUAGAGCACUUCCCAUCGCCAUUUCCCAUCACUUCCUCGUACGUUGUAAAUAAUAUUGUAAAAUACACUGAAGGGCAGUCUUAGUCCACCUUGUACAUACAGCGUAGACACUCAUCCCCGCCAGCCUGCCCUCGUAUAUCGACGCCCCUUCUUAAACGGAAACAAAUAAUUAGUAUUUAAAUUUUAUCAACUCGUAUAUAAAUUAUUUAAUCAGCAAUCUGAAAAUCUUUUCCUAGCUUAGUCAAUUUGUUUAUUUCUACCAUCAUUGUUGUUGUUUUUAUUACAAGAUGAAUUUUUUUUU